CCCUCAUAAACACCCCCAAGUCUUCCCACUCGAAUCUCCAUGCCUCUCAACUGACGAGUCCUAUCACCCACCUUCGUUAUUUUCUUUGUUUGGAGGCGUCUGUUGGAAUUUCCGUGCCUUGGGCUGCCUGCUUGGAUCCCUUCGGCGUCGCUGUCGCACUGUCGACAACUCUGUCGUUGGAGUGAAUCACAUUCCUUGAUUGACGCUUUCAAUAUUGCUGUCGCCGAGCUUGGUCAUUAGCAGUCAUGGCUGUCGACACGAGCUACCUGACCACUCAGGUCAACAACAUUGUCGAGCAGCUCCAUGGCAUCUUCGAUCAGAUUGGAGUUCCCACGCAUGAGCGCGACUCGCGCGAAUCAGAGCUGUUCAAUGCUCUGUCAGAAACACUAAACAACCAUCUCAAGCUUGUUGACGAAGAAAAAGAUAAAAUGACACAAGAAGCUCAGCGCCUUAUUACGACGAUUCAACAGAUGGAGGCAUCCCUGGGUGAUGAGCGCGCUAAUGGUCAGUACGAGCUCAAUCGUGAUGAUCUGCGCGUCACCUACCCCCUCAACCGAUGCAUCGCAUUUUUGCGCGAGAAGAACGAGGCGAUGACCAAGCUGCACCGUGAGCGCUUUGAGCAGGUUAAGAAACUGGUUGACGCCCUUGAGUCCUACUCGUCCCACCUCGAGGCUUCAUUCCUUACAAUUGAACUGCCUCCCACCGCACCAGGCUCAGUAAUCCCGCCAAGCUUCGAUCUCUCGCCUGCAUACGUGACAGCUCUCGACUCCGAAUUCUCCCGAGUCUAUGAAGAAUACCACCGCCGCAUUUCUUUCGUCCAGACAACCUCCGAGGAGAUCAUCAAGCACUGGGCCGAGCUUGGCACCCCUCAAGUGCAAACCGAUUCCAAUAUUGUUAAACACUACCGCGAGUCUCCCGAGCAGCUUGGACUUCACGAGGCCGAUCUGGCUAAUCUGAUGGCCAAGCGUGACAAAUUGGUGGAGGAGAAGAAGGGACGCGAGCGCAAGAUCAAGGAGCUCCGGGCUAACGUCGAAAGCCUCUGGGAGCGAUUCGGAGUUGAGGAAUCAGAUCGCAAGGCUUUCCUUUCUGCCAACCGUGGCUGUGGCCUCCGCACUAUCAACGAAUUUGAAGAGGAGCUGGCUCGUCUCAAUGAAUUGAAGAGACAAAACAUGCACUUAUUUGUCGAAGAUGCUCGUUGCCGUCUGCAGGAACUGUGGGACAGCUUGUACUUCUCGGAGGAGGAGAUGCUCGACUUUACUCCUGCCUUCUCCGAUGUUUGCAGUGAUGCUUUGCUCGAGGCCCAUGAGGCUGAGAUCUCCCGCCUGGAGACACUCAAGGAGCAGCGCGCGCCGACCCUUGAAUUGAUCGAGAAGCACCGCAGCCUUCUGGCUGACCGCCAGGCUCUAUCUGCAUCCAGCCAAGAUGCCUCCCGGCUCAUGGGCCGUGGGAACAAGGGCGAGAAGCGUGACCCUGGCAAGCUUCUCCGUGAGGAGAAGAUGCGCAAGAGAAUUGCAAAGGAGCUGCCCAAGGUUGAAGCUGAAUUGCGCAAAGAGCUUGAGCACUGGGAGGAUGAGUUUGGUCGACCUUUCAUGGUCUACGGUGACCGUUAUCUCGAUAGCUUGACUCCUACAGUCGCCAAGCCCCCUCCUCGCUCCAAGACCCCCUCUGCACCUCCAUCCACUACCAAGUCUGCUGUCAGUGCUACUAAGCGCGAUCCAAUCUCUCGCCCUGGUAGCUCCAUGCGUGGACCACCUCCACCUCGAUCUGCCACCAAGACCCCGACAAGCAGUGGGCCUGUGAAGCACAACACUAUCGGCUACUCUGGUGUUAGUCGCGCUGGAGCUAGGUCUCCUUCCAAGCUUCCUGCCCGGGCUCCCUUGAGCAAUGUGCCGUAUGGCAGUAGCUCUCCUGAGCGCCGUACCGGACCUGGCACUUAUUCCUCCAGCACAGUCAACGGCAAGAUGCCGCCUCCUCGCGGGCCUCCACCCAGAAUGCGCGCAUUGACCGUGGAGUCCAAGGAGCGUGGCAGCUAUGCAAUGGAGCCCCCGCGCUGUAACAGUGCUAUGUCGACCGCUUUCGUCCGGCCUGUGAGCCCAGAGGACGUCUAUGAUGACCGCCAGCGGUCUUUCAUGAGCGCCUCUGUCAUGUCCAAUCACCGGUCCACUGGGUUCUCUCAAUCAUCCCACUCGUCCCAGUCGUCCUUGAAUUCUUCACUACAAGGAUUCCCGCGCAUCAACCCCUACCUGUCGCAAGCACCCCCUCCACCUGCUCUCCGUCAAACCUCCAACUCAUCCACCGUCAACACUGCUACCUCCGGCUCGGAGAACUGGGAGACCUUCGACGAUGCUUCUGGAUCCGAGGCAGACGCUAGCGAGGUCUACUACUCCAAGCUGCGGGCAGCAGCACACGGCAAGCGAUUUGCCCCCGAGGAUGCUGUCGACUUGAUGGGAAAGAAGUCCAAGGGUAUUCGCAGCGUCAGUCCUGACGGUCCGCACCCCGGCCAGAUGAUCCGCGUCGCUGGUAGUGACACAGAAUGGACUGACGAUUACGAGACCUACUGAUGAGAUGUGUUCCACUUCCCCAUACAAAAGGUGUUGAUAUCAGCUUCUUGUCCCCUGCCCUAGAUACCCGACGCUUAUCACACCCUUCGACACCCCUGGAGCUUGUUUCUUUCCUCCUGAUUUCCUGGCGCCCCGGGCAUACGAGCUGUGGUUACGCAAUCGCUUGGCUUCCUGACGAUCCCAUGACUGGACUCUGUCUGUAUGGCUCAUGUUGACGAUCCUUCUUUUCACGAUUGAGCUCUCUCAGAUUCCAUCGGGCUGGUGUUUAUUCCGCACGCAAACUCAUACCCGAUCUUCCCCCUCGCCGAUUUUGAAUUUUACCCUCCUGCCUUUCUGUGUUCAAAAUUACGAGUUCUAUCAUGUCAAUCUUGUUUAUGCUCCUUUUCUUCUGUCGAUGUUUAUCACGUCCGCCGCCGGUGCUGUCCAUGUCUACAGGCCGUGCAUCGCGAGGGGUGUCUUUCUCUUGUCCGCUUACUGCGGAUGGAUUAUGUCUCUCUAACUUGGCGGACGCGUUUGUUUAAUCUUUCCUUUUUGUACGUUUCUCAUGGGUUGGCAUGGUGUUAUUUACUUUUUUUUUAUUGUCUGUGUUGUAUGGUUUUUCUGCGGAUCGGUGCUUAUGGUCUUACUUAUUCCCUCGUCUUGGUCUCCUAGGUCCCUGGAGUCAGACUUUUCUUUUUUGUCGUGCUGGAUCUUGCCCGGCUCCUAUGUUCAUGUUCAAGUGUUAUUUUCUAGCGCGUUACAGUGAUUUUGUGUUUGUGUAGUUUUCUCUGAU